AUGUCACUAACAAAAGCCCACAUUUGUCCUGGUGGUAGACUUGAAUUUAUUAUUGACGAAGAAAAGAAUUUUGGUUUAUUUCACAAAAAUGGUUUAAAAUGUUCAAUCUGUGAACGAAUUACUGAUUUAACGAAUUAUCCAGCUCAACCUACGUAUCAAUUGCAAAUACCUAAUCAACGUUUAUAUGCGGCGAGUGCCAUCAGUGGCAUUGGUCAUGAUGGAAUUCAAUUUGUUCUGUCAUUAUUAGGUGUCAGUACACCACACCGGUCAAACUUUUACAAACAAGUUCAUAACUUAUAUGAUCAACUAUUUGAAUUUGCUCAUACCGAUUUCUUGUCUUUAAUUGAUGAAAUCCGUCUCAAUCAAGAAUGUGAUUCUAAAAAGAUUUUGAACCUGACUGUGUCUCUUGAUGGAACUUGGAAGAAAAGAGGCCAUCGGUCACUUUAUGAUGUUGUCUUUUUAAUUGAUGUUGAUUCAGGUUAUUGCUUAGACUUUGAGACUCUAAGCAAACGAUGUGAAUCCUGUGAAACAAAAGAACGUACUUUGACGACAACUGAAUUCAGAAGAUGGGUAAGACCAUCAAAUUUUUUCUUUAUAAGACUAAUGGUUUUUUCUUAGUAUUCGAAUCAUCAAUCAAAAUGUUCCAAGACGUGGGAUGGUACCUCUGGAGGUAUGGAGAAGGAAGGUGCAAAAAAAAUCUUCGAACGGUCUAUUAAAAAAGGUACUAUGUUCAAAUGUCAAGUAUUCAUUGUAAGGUUGAUAUUUAGGACUUCGAUAUAUCAAUAUGAUCAGCGACGGAGAUUCGAGUGUAUAUGAAGCUGUAAAGCAUACUUAUGUUAAUUUAUUGGGUGAUGAUCAUGUACGUUCAAAUGAUGCUAAUGAUUGGACAGUUAAUACGAACUAUGUUGUUACGAAGGAAGAUUGUGUGAAUCAUGUCAAAAAGAGGGUCGCCAAUCAUCUCAAAACGUUGAAAAGUCGAUAUACGGGUUUUGAAAAUGAACGAGAAGAAAACUCAAUCAUAAUAGUAUCUGAAAAAGCAGCUG